AUGGUCGACGUUUUCAAGGAGAGACCGACCCAGGACGAUUUCAUCGACGACGCAGCCAGCCUUGCCCCAAUACUCGAUCGCUACCACUACCAACUCCUCAUCUGGAGUUUUGUCGAUGCUCUUACGAAGGGAACUACCGAUGGACAAAUUCUACAACCACGACUUUGCGACACCUUUGUCCGUGUCAUUCGAUGGGCGGACCGGCUGGGAGACAGCGCCAAGAAUGACUCCGAACCCAUUGACAUGCGACUGGGCCCGGUUCUGGAGAGCAUGAAGAAGAGACUCGAUGCAGCGGGCCGCCAAGCCGAGCCUGGAACUCAGUAUCAGCUUAUCAGCACGCUGGGCAGCAUACUGGAUGCCAUGAAUGACGCAAAGAGACAAGGCAUCGACCGUGAGAGCCUGCACGAGCCGCUGAUGGACGAGCUCAAAACGCUCCGCAAGGCGGAGAACAUCCGCUUAGCACAAGCGUCCAGUUAUGCCUACCAAGCCCUGCUCAGCAUCCCGGACAACGAAGGGCCGGCCAAGGCACUCCUACGGCACACGGUCAAGAUUGUCGGUUCGGCAAGCAAGGUGGCCGGCGCCGUGUCGACGGCGGACCCGUCGAAGCUGUUUGAUGGCCUCUUUGGACUGACUGAUCUGCCCGAAUUGAUUGAGUCCAUGGUUGCCGUCGUGGCGUCCGCGUACAAUCUGGUGUCAGACGUCAAGGCAGUCAAAGAGAACGGCGUCAUGCGCCGGCCCAAAGGAUGGUACAUUGCGCUACGGUACAGCGACAUGCUGAUGAGAGCCCGGUCGUUUCAGGGACUCGAAUCGUUCGUAAAGGCCGUCCCUUGUGGCAUAGACGUCGACUUUCAAUGCGGACUGUAUGCCCAACUGGAGCGUGCCUGGGGCGCGUUGGAGUCCAGCAACACUUCGUCUGUCAACAAAGACAAACAAGCGCUUCGAGACAUUGCAGUCAUUGUUCCGUCGCCAAAGGGCGGUACCAACGAUCUCAAGCUCGUAAUGGCCUGGAGAGAAACAAUCAAAGACUGCUUUGGCUUGCCGCUCGACAUGAGGACGGACGCAGAGCAACGCAUGGCCAAGAAAACGUCGAAGCUGGCUGUUUUUGUGAAACAGAAGGCGUACUCCUCCCAGGUCGCUUACCUAAAGCCUGCCGCAGUUCCCUCAUCGACCGCGCUGCUCACAGAAGCCUGGCACAAAUGCAGCCGUGCUCUCGUUUUUUAUGCAGAUGAAGAGCUAAGGCGGUACUACCUGGCUUCCGGCGAGGAGAUGCUCAAAAUCAAACGGAUUUCAGGUGCCACGCUGCCCAUGUCGGAUUGCUACAUCAAUUUGGCCAUUGUGGAGAAAAGUCAAAAAACGGACGGGCGACAUGAACUGAACGACGGAGAUUAUGCAAGGAGGGUCAUGUUAGACGGUCUCUUUGGGCGAACAAAACGUGACGAUGGCAAUGUUCACGCACGCAGCCGUUUGUUCAUCUGGGGCCGUGCGGGUGUCGGGAAGACUACGCUGUGCAAGAAAAUUGUGCAUGAGCUCACCCGUGCCGCUGACCACACGGAUCUCCCCCACUGGUUCGCGAGAUUCGACCGCGUGUUGUGGCUCCCGUUGCGCAAACUAAAGCUAUACAACCUGCACCCUGGCUACCAGCUUAGCGAUAUUUUAAAAGAUGAGUACUUUGCCCGGCAGGCUGACGGGAGCAGCUUUGCAGAGGCAUUAGCCAGACAAUGCACAGGCGGAAACAGCGGCGACGACAGCAACGAUUGUAAUGAUGGCCAAGGCGGGACCGGCCGCACUCUAUUUCUGCUCGACGGCUUGGAUGAAGUCUCUCAGCUGCUUGAUCCGGAGCACAAGGCGAACAGAUUUCUACACUGGCUCUUGGAUCGACCGAGUGCGAUCAUUACUUCACGACCCGGCGUAUCGGUUCCUUUGCCGCUGCGCUUAGAAUGCGAUUUCGAAACGGUCGGCUUUACGGUGGAGCAGGUUCAACAGUAUAUUAAGACGACAAUGCCCACGGAGGUGUCUGACAAUAUGUUGCUCUUCUUACACAGCCGCCCCCGCCUUUUGAAUCUGGUUCGCAUUCCGGUGCAGCUGGAUGCUUUUUCCUACGUCUGGAACGAAGACCGGCGCCCGACGGACAACCGCCCGACGGACAACCUGGGCAGCUCUGGUGCUCUGCGGAGUGAGUCGAAAAUGGCCACAAUGACCGACGUUUACGACGCCAUCACCCGGAAGCUAUGGAGGAAGGACAUUCCGCGCGUCAGGGGCCCGCACGAUGCGAACAACUUCACGGAUGCGACUGUACGGCGGCUUGCCGACGACGAGGUCGUGGAGGAGAUGCAGGGCGAAGUACAUUUUGUGCAAGCUUUGGCCUUUGCGGCAUUCUACCACGAAGUGGUGAUUUUUGAGCAAAGCGACUGCGUGGCCGUGCGAAAAUAUGCAGACAAUCCUCCAAUGAAAGGCUUUCUGAACCAUGUUCUCGCCAAUCUCAGUUGCCUACGCGCGUCCGAUGCCUCGUCUCUGGACGACGAAGACGCCACCCACAGGACGUACCACUUCAUACAUCUCACGUACCAGGAGUUUUUUGCGGCGCAAUUCUUUGCUCGUCAGUGGACGGCCGCCAGCGUCAGCAGGGACGGAAAGGGCAGGAUGUUUACCUGCCCCAAACUUGGGAACCGAAAACAGGUUCGCCUCUCGGCGCACGCGUAUCUUCAAAAGAACAAGUACAGCACGAGACACAACAUUUUUUGGCGCUUCGUAGCCGGGCUGCUUCGCAUCGGACAUGGUGAUGCGGCAGACAUCGUCGAAGACAAAGACAGUGACGACGGCGAAGACGGCGGCGAAGGCGACGACGAACAACUCGACUUUGGCAACGCAGCUGCGGACACGAUCAAAUCAUCGAAGCGCAUCCCGGACUCGCUCCGUCGCUUUUUCCACGCUUUGGAACAAGAGCCACGCGACCUCUUGGGACCGGUGCAUUUACGUCUGGUCGUAUCCUGCCUUGACGAAGCAGACCCAAGGCAGAACACACCGUAUUUUGACUUGCAUCGUGAUAUGCUACGUCGCUGGAUGCUCUGGGAAUGUCAAAAAUACAACAAUUCGCACUUGGCCGGCUUACCUGCCUUUCCGUUUCGAGUGGUUGAAGCUGCCUUGGAGGACGCGCCCGAUGCACUGUCUAGGGGACUUAUGGCGUCGAUCGCCAAGUGCUCGACCAUCACGUCCAAGAACUACCUGUUCCGACUCUGCAACUAUGUGCAUCCCGACAAAUAUCCGUCCCCUCUGUCAUCGCUUGCGUUUUUCACCUUGCAGAAUCAGUCGAUUCUAUCACGUGACGUGAUUGAAGAGCUGCUUGGCCACCUUCGUCGCAACAAUUAUGACGGCGACGAUUUGGAGCAUUAUUUCAACAUACUAUGGAAAACCCAGAACGUGAUGCUCUAUGUGGCCGAGCUUAUAAAGGACAGCAGGCCCAACAUACAGAAGCUUGCCGGCUGGAUUUUAAGGCGAACAAUGCUCUUCAGCAGAGUUUAUCCACGGGAGGCAGUGACAGCUCUCGUUUCGGUGCUACGUAACAUCGAAAUGCAUCUGCCUAGUAACAUGGUAGAAGUUGUAUUUUCAGACUCACUGCCCCGCGAGGCAACAGACGCACUAUUGAUGCGGCUACGCCACAAGGACCACAAUGUCGUCUUGGAUAUGAUACACUGUAUCGUGAAAAUUGACCCAUUACACACGGGCUUCUACGCAUACUUUCCGAAGCCAACCUCCGUCGAGACAGAGGUGUUCGUGGAGGUCGUCUCCCUCAUGAAAUCACCCAAUGUAGACGUUGCUAAAGCCGCGCUUGACUUGCUGAAAUCAAAGGACAGGCUCCAGUGGACAGAGACAGAUGCAUUCGAUAUUCUUUUCGAACAUGCAGACGAGAAACAGCAAACAGCCAUCGAACGCGCCAUGCACGGUACAAGAGCCACAUUGCCGCCAAGCAUCAUGGCCAAAGUGCGCGCCCAGCUACAGGAGGCAAACGACCAGAAUCAACUCGGCGCCAUACGUCUUCUGGAGAACCAAACACUACCAGACGACAUCCUCGCCUUCCUACUGCGCAAGUUCGACGAGGUGAAAACAAGUUGCGAGAUACGAAUCGCCCUGGCACGCACUCUGGGGAGCAAAGGGGCCGCUCGUCCGUCAUUGGUGCUGGACAGACUGGUCACGGCGCUCAAGGAUGCAGAUGACACAUUGGCACCGGUCUUGUUCAAUGUGCUCUGGCACGAAGACCUUCCGGAGAGCAUCGCAGCCAUGUUGGUGGAGUGCAUCAGCAUGGACAACAUACAACAUGUCUGUCGUCGUUAUCAGCCUUCUUAUGUGAGAAAACCACGUAUGCCGCACCUGCCAGAGCCUGCUAUGUCGUCCCUUGUCGCGAAAUAUCAAGCCCUCUCUCGCCGUGAGGACGCACAGAAUUUCGUUUUGACCGUACUCCACGGCCACACAGCCAGUCUGCCCGAACACGUUAUCAUCAGCCUCCAUGACGAGCACCGGCGCUUGCGCGAAGAAUCACGCCGCGAUGAAAGUGUUGACCCGGCUAUGCACACCAUAACAACAAUCCUGUCCAGUCGGAUCACAGACACGCCAUGCAUUCGAGACUAUUUCGUCGAUAUGCUGUACGAUACAAAUGUCAAAGUAGUUGGGCUUGCGGUACGUGGCUUGGCACACCCAGACCGGGUAGAUGACGCAGUCUUCGACGGAUUGACCCAUAUUGCACUUCACAGCGACAAUGCCGAUUUGGCGAGACAGGCAACAACGGUAAUACUUCUGAAAAAAUCCCUAUCUAUUCAACAGCGCUAUACGGCAGUCAAAGCCGUCCUCAAGAAGCCGUCUAUAACUCGCCGAGAGACGUUUGAAUUCCUCGAGGCUUUUAUCUCUUCGCCGGGAGUUGACUUGCGCGAGCUGGCGGGUAGCGACCAACGUACGCUCUUACGGUUCUUUGGCGAACUUUUCGAGCAGAGCAGAACCUUUGAUAUCACGUGGUUCACCAGCGGCGAGUCACACUUUGUGAUUUCUCUGUCCGACAAGUCGUUUCAGUUUCCCAAAGAGCACUUUGUCACUUUCGCAAAGGAGGUUCAAGAGUAUCUAGGAAUCCCAAGGGCACUUACUCAAAUGUGA